AACAUGAUAUGUAAUGUAAGCUCCGUUUGGUGACUAUGUACCAACUGAGACAAAAGUUGGCGAACUUCAAAAGUCAAUAACAAACUGUUGACCAUUCUCUUUCUCUCUUCGCUAAACUACAAAAAGACUUGUUCACCAAAUUUUUAUUGUUUGUCGAUUUUUUAUAAAAUGUCCGAGCCUGAUCUUCACUCCUCGUCAUCGUCAGGAGACGAAUCUACACCUCCCACCACAAAAAAACGUAGAGGCAUCUUCUCGGAUUCAUCUGAAUCAGACUUUAAAAAAGUCCAGAAGAAAAGGAAACGUCGGCGAAAGAAGCCAGCGAUGAUGAAUGUGUUAUCAUCUGAUUCUGAUGAUUUUAAAGAUGUCACCAAACACACCAUUGCUCGACGCGUGACCAGGUCAGCUGUACAUACAUCUGGUUCGGAUAAAUCAAGCCGCGAUUCCGGUUUUAGGACAUCAGCCAGUUUAAAUUCACGGUCACUACUAAGGGAGCAAGGAUACGAAUAUCCGUCGACCGAGGAAUCUUCGACUGACGGAGUUGUAACGUUCAGAUAUAGAACACAUAAGAUCGACGCAAUUUUUUCUCAUCGGACGAAGUCAGGAAAAAAUAUGUUUAAACUUUUAAAUCAACAGAGUGAGAAGGCUAGGUCAAAGGACGCAAUAAUUAAUGGAAUAAAAAGGAGAUAUAAGCAUAAACCUCCUGAAUUCUCACGACCAAUUACCCCUCCUAUUUUAUCUCCAGAGUCCGAAACGGAUGAGGACGUUGAGGUCGACGGAAAAAAAUACAAGUUGAAGAAAGUGGGAAUAUCGAAGUAUCGAAUUCGAGGAAAGUUUCGGAGAAUGUAUGUGACUGAAAUGUGUCCCAUAAAGAAUCCCUGCAGUAGGGAGGUUGGAAUCAAAUAAUGAUGAAAAGAUGCGGCCCUGUUUAGCAAACCCUGAUCCAGAUGAAAUCGUCUACAUCGUUGUAAACGGCAUAACGCAUGAACUUCGGUAUGAUAGAGAAUCAAGUCAGCGAUCUGGGAUGGACUUGUAUCGACUAAAAAAUACUCGACAAUGUCGGACUAUUACAGGAUGGAGGAACGCCAUCAUCAGAUUGCAGUAUGUUAAGGCAGGAAGAAAUGAAUGGCUUACUCAUCAGACCAGACCCAUUCCACGAGAAGUGAUGAGGCAUAUUUCUCCUUUCAACGUAAAUCCUAGAGGAAUUUACACCAAUUCAGUCGAUGCAAUGGCAGAUAUCGAAAACGUUGAAGAAAUGUAAGAAUAUUUCAAAACCUACGAUAAAAUCAAGGAUGGAUUUCUCUCACUACGGCGGCGCUACAUCUACUUUGUCGUCAUCAUUCCUGAAGAGCUAGUUAGUCACAUCCAACCGGAUUCGACCAACCACUGUCCCGAGAUUUAUGAUUGGCUUCGCGAUCAUGAAGAUGAUGACAGCAUAUAUGUUCAAUUAUACGUUGGACGUAAUUCACGUCGACCCGAACCCUCUGCAUUCACAUUUAACCCUCGUAUUAAAACGUCAAUAAGACGAGAAGUAAACGCUGGUGGUCGAGCGUUUCUUUUGCAUGUUCACGAGGAAAAUUAUCCAAAUAGAAGGGAAGAAUCGGAAUUGCGACACUGGAGGCUGCAGUAAUUGCGUAUCUGUCGUGGAUUAAUCCCAACGCUCCAAAUAAUUCUCAAGUCGGAAAAUUAAAAUAUUGUAGGGCUAAUCGUCACGGCGAGACAGACAUUUUUAUGGACUCCGAUCCAUCAAUUCAAGCCCAUAUUCGUCAGAUUGCGUCCACCAGAUCACGCCGUCCCUUCCACUUUCUCAAGGAUCCCACUGUCCCUUGCCAAAUUGAUCACUUAUAUCCCGGUCAACCCUACUCUGCUAUGAUGCAUCCAGAUAGGGAUAAGAUCACUGAAGUUCUUCUCGAUAAUUUAGAAAAAGAUGAACUCACGGCCCAAUCCACAGACGAAGAAUCAGAUACGGAAAUGGACAACAUGAAUGACGAUGACGAUGUAUUUGAAGAUGAAUCCCUGGAUAUAUCAGUUGUUGAUUCAUCAAAUCACCCAGAGACCUUGAUGAGCACCUUCCCUGCCUGCCUACCAUUUCAACGGGUAAGGUAAUAUUUAAAUAGCAUCAGUAUUUGAUAAUAUUUGAACUAUUUUAGCAAUCUCGAGGUGAGAACAGUUGCGGAAUGAAUGCGGUUAACAAUUUUAAUCUGCAAGAAUCGCUUUAUUCGAGGGAGUUUUUCCAGGAAAUCGCAGCCAAUUUGGAGGAACACGAGAGAAAAAUAAUUGAUGUUGGAGAGGUAAAAAUUUAUGUCUGUAUGCAAUUGGUGAUGGUGGCGCAUAUGCCGGUGAGAAUGGAGAUUAUAGCGUAGAGGUUAUAGAUCGAGCCCUUGUCUACGCUAACUAUCAGGUGUCUAGACGGGCCAGUGACUUUAACAUUAAUUCAUCCUUUGGAUUUAUCUACAAUCCUGGAAAUCACUGGAUAGCUGUGAGACGCGUUCGUGAUCAGUGGGUUAUUUUUGACACUCUGGCGAACAGGCCUUCCGUUAUAUCAGAGUUAGAUGUAACGAAAUUGGUUCACAAAUAUGGUAUGUGUUUAAAUCAUGAUACUUAAUAAAUAACAUGUAACAAUUUUACUCUGUACAGGGGACACUUUAAUCGUUGUUACGGGAAGCACAAGAGAGGGAGAGAGAGAGAGAGACUGAUUGGUGAUAAUGUUUGUAUGUUUUGUAAUGCAAUCAAUCAAUUAGUCAGAUCAGCGAUCAAUUUUCCAGUGUUCAUUGUCGUAAAUAAUUUAAUUAUAAAGAUAAAGUAAAAGAUAAAUAAAGUAAUUUUGAUGCAAAUCUUAAUUUUAA